AUGGAAUCCGUUCGCCAGUCUUGUCGGCCAAAGCACCAGGUCUUGACCUUAAAAUGUUACCCUAAAUACCAGAAGGGGGUGGCGGAGGUCCGGCCGAAUCCCAGCGAACUCUCAUACCUGCUGUACUAUACGAGCACGCGCCGCAGCAAGUUGACCAAGGUUGGCGGUUUCUUGGAAAAAAGAGUUGCCCGGGAUGUCUGGAGACGCAGAAUAGGAAAUAUUCAGGUAGCCCUGCAUAUCCUGGCUGCACUCAUCGAAAAAGUUCCUCGCGACCUUCCCAUCUACGCCCGAUCCGUCAUGACAAUAAUCGAUACCGUUUUGCGAUCCAAUGACAUAAAUAUGGUGGAGGAAUCUAUUGUGGCCUUCGAAAUGUUCUGCCGGCAUCAGGAUAUUGCGGCUAUCGCUGCUGACCAGGGCCUCGCAUAUCAAUACCGAGAAGUCGUGCGAACCUACUCUAGCUUUGCCGACCCGGAUUUCACAUCCAACUCGAACGCAAGUUUCAGCCCCCAGGUGGCCAUCCGAUGGAGAAAUGCAGGACUGCGAGCCAUUAGAAGCGUGGUUAGCUCAGAGACCUUGGCCGCCGACGGAGGAACGUCGCUGAAGCUCUGUUUGCCGGUGAUCUUGAAGAACCUCUAUUCUGAGGAUGAGGAUCUUCUUCCGACCCUAAAGGCCAAGCUAAGUGAAUCGGACCCGAAUGAACGUGAGGUGCCCAAACCCCGCCGAAUGAGUGUCAACACAGUGCACACAGUGGAUACGGCAGAGGGGGACCCUGAGCUGGCAGCACAGUCAGCCGCUGAGGCGGAUCGUAAGGCAGAAAUGGACGCUCGGCUCUUGGCCCUGCGCUGUCUCGAGCAAACCAUCGUUUCGGGGAGUAACCGGGGCCAGAUCCGUGUCACAGUAACGGUCAUUCUACAGUUCAUCUCAAGCAAGGGCUUCCCACAGAGUGAAAAGCGUGUCCAGAUUACCGAGGGCAAAGGUGGCAACUGGGUAACAUCUCUGAUCGAACUCAUUGCGAACUGGUGUCCGGUGCAAGUUCGUUUUAUCAUCUUGAUCACAGCUAUGGAGAUUCUCCACGAUACAAGCCCCAAGGAGGAUGCUUUAGAGGCAUCAUUUACCAUUCUCUCUGUGGUGGAUUGGCUUCUCAGAUCUUCCGUGAACAUGAUUGGACUUAGUGUCAUGGAUAUCCUCUUUGGACUCAUGCACUACGCUUCUGAUAUACUCUCACCACCAGAGCGUACUGGGUCUGCGGAAUCAGAGAAGAAACCAAACCAAGCUGAAAUUGUGGUCCCAAUCUCUCCCCGGCGACAGGAUCUUCUUACGCUACUAGAGCAGUGUAUUGGAGAUCUCGCAACGCACAUCUACUACGGAGACCAAGUUGCAGACAUGAUGCGGGCUAUACUCAGGCGAUUCAAGCCUAGUUUUCACCAUGAGAGUUCCGCACCAUCCCCAUUGGCAACCGUUCACGAAACCGGAUUGAGACCCGCGGACUCGACGAAUUCCGGAUCUGAGACAAAUGGAGAGAAAAUAAACGCAGAAAGCUUCUCGCACGCUGCCGCUAAGCUGACUGCUCUCCGGGCCGUCAAGGCUAUCUUGGUUGUGGCCAAUUCAAGGACCCCAGAAACCAUGUCUGGCGCGGAAUUUAGACAUCCAGUCGGAAUCCAUGUAUGGGAAGGGACCCAAGUACUUCUUCGUGACGUGGAUCGUGAUGUUCGCUAUGCCUAUGCCGAUGCAUUCCUAUCAUGGUUGCAAACCGAGACCAAUGGAAACGAUCUUAAGGUGCGAUUAGAUUCACCCAAGUACAUCAAGACAACCUCCAAGAGAGACCCCGAGCAGACGGAUAGGUCAACUCGACGAGGUACCUCGGCCCCUGGCAACCAAAGGGACAAAGUGGCAUCGGUGGCACAGUCGAACUUUCUCCGCCUUCUGCACCUGGCUAUCUAUGAUGCUGCACUCGAGCUAGCUGGCGAGGUCUCCGAAAUUCUCCUGCUGCAUCUACUUCUUGUAAAUCUUGUCGAGAAUCUUGGGGUGAAUGCCGCCCAAUUCGGUGUUCCCAUGAUCAUCAAAUUGCAAGACGACUUGUUUACAUCUAUAGAAUUGAGUUCCUUCGCAGCUCGCGUUAACAUCGGAAGCUUGGUACACGGAUACCUUCUUGCGUUGUCUGAGCAUUUCGAUAUGCAGUCUUCCCCCGUGGGUCUUGAGAUAAGCAAUGAGAUCCAAGACCGACAGGGCAAAGGAUAUUGGCUUUCCAAAAUCCGCCUGCCCCCAAUCGACCUUUACACCAUUGUUUUUGACAGCGAGAAGACCCCUGGCAGUGUUUCCACUACUCUACCCGCUUUCACACCCUUCCGUAAUGUCGAGGGACUUGUUUAUAUGAUUGACGAGUCUUACCGCAAAUCGAUACCUUCUCCUCCACGAAGUCCCUCGACCACUUCCCCAGCACGAGGAUUCACAUUCCCGGUCCUUGGGCACUCCACAGCAACAGCGAAAUCCCAGGUUGAGGGCGGCCUCCCAUCCACUGUGAAAGAACAGAUGUUGUCUCCGUGGUCUCGUGAGGCAUGCUUGGCCGCUGUCGACAAGGAAAGCACCGGAACAUCAUCGAUCAAUGGCUCUCGGGCUACGGGAAAUGCUCGCAACAACCAAACCAACGGGGCUACGAAUGGCUCACCUGCCGGCUCCCAAUAUCACCGCCGCAUGAGCAUUCCGGAGAUAACAGGCUCGUCAUCUCACGGUUCGAGUAGAGGCUCACCUGUCCGCGUCAAUGAGCUUCGACGCGUGCUUUCAGUCACUAACGACUCUCAUGAUCGACGCCUCAGUCCAUUGCGUGGACGGCUCGAUGCUUCGAACGCCAGUACCAUUUCUUCUGGGAGCGAAAGCAUGAUCAGUGGUAACUUCUCUGUUUCCGAGAUAGAUGGGGAUGCUGCCUCAAUCCAACCAGAGAGCCAACAAGCACCCGGUGAAAGUGGAACAGAGACACCCCGCGCUUCGGCCGCGGCGUCUGUCGUUUUAGGGGAUAACCCCCAGGCCGACGAAUCUCCGAAUGAACAAUCCACGAAUCGUGUUGAUUCAGACGCAGAAAUCCCUCCCGUCCCACCGAUCCCUGUCGGGUUGUCAAUCCCAGGCGGUUUCCCGAACGACCCACAGCGUUCGCUGAACUAUGAUCGCCCAUCCACGGCGCCGGGUCCCUCACUAAUGUCAUUAGUGGGAGACAGGGCUGAAGCUAGUGCCUCAAACAACAAGCCUCUAAAUCGCAACAAGAGCCGGUCCAACCAUAGUCUUGCCACAGCUGGAACCCCUGAACUCUCGACCGAGUAUGAGUCUAAUGCCCUGGAUGGCAGCCACCAGGAUCAACUGAGGAAACUCCUGGAUGGAUUCCUCUCGCCCGGGGAGACCACGCUGACGAAUGGAAACCGCCCGGCAACUGCCAAACCUGCUUCCAAGACUCCGCUGAGCGGAUCUCACAGCAGACGACAGGUCAGUGGAGGCCUUGGUCGGCCACCUUAUUGA